UGGCACCCGUUGCCUAGCAACGCGGUGUCAACCUCCUUUUCCAUAACACUAAACUUACAGUCCGGUUCUUCUGGCCGACUGUCUAGUUAUACAUCUUGAACUUGUCCUUUAGUUUGGAAAACUAAAAUAGGACUCUCGCACAAUGGGAAAGAAAGUGAAGAAGGAGAGUGAAACUCCGUGCAAGGAAACGUUUGAACCACUACCUGUGGAAGGUAAAACCCCAGCAACAGUAGUGCUCCUGCUGAGCUCCCCAGAGGAGGACAUCCUUGUCAAAGCCUGCGAGGCGAUCCACGCAUUUGCAGAGAAAGGAGAUGAGAAUAAGGUUUCUGUGCUGGGACUUGGGGCAUUGGCACCGCUCUGUCACCUCAUCAAUCACAACAAUAAGCUGGUCAGACGCAACGCUGUCAUGGCCCUGGGCAUCAUGGCCACCAACAGUGAUGUAAAGAAUGCUCUUAAAAAAUUAGAUGUCAUUCCAUCAAUCAUUGACAAACUGUCACUUGAAGAAGAUGUAGUUGUCCAUGAGUUUGCAACACUGUGCCUGGCCUCCCUGUCAGUGGAUUUCAUCUGUAAGGUCCAGAUCUUUGACAACAAGGGCCUGCCACCUCUAAUCCAGCUCCUAUCCAGUCCAGACCCAGAUGUCCAGAAGAACUCCAUAGAGAUCAUCUUCAACCUAGUUCAGGACUACCAAAGUCGUCUUGCAGUACAUGAGUUGGGCGGGAUCCCUCCACUUCUGGAACUGUUGAAGUCAGACUUUCCUGUCAUUCAGCAUUUGGCUUUGAAGACGCUGCAGAAUGUCACCACUGAUAAAGAUACACGCAUCGCCUUCAGGGAUGAGCAAGGAUUUGAGAAGCUCAUGGAUAUCCUCAGUAAUACGGACUUAAGUGACCUUAAUGCUGAGGCCUUACAGGUAGUUGCCAACUGUCUGAGUGACAGUGAGAGUUUCCAGCUGAUCCACAAGGGGGGAGGACUGACAAGGCUGAUGGAGUUUAUUCUCACCCCCAAUGUGUCUGAAAUCCAGUCCAACGCUGUUAAAUGCAUUGCCAAGGUUGCUCAGAGCUCUGAGAAUCGCAAAUUGCUCCAUGAGGAGAACGUGGAGAAGGUCCUGGUAGAGCUUCUGUCUGUGGCGGACGUCAGCGUGAAAACAGCUACCUGCCAGGCUGUGGACGCCAUGAGUUUCCACCUAGCCAGCAAAGACAGCUUCAGAGACCUGGGUGGUAUCCCUGCAGUUGUACAGUUGCUGAAUGAUGAGAGUUUGGUGCUGAAAGAAGCAGCAACCCAGGCUCUCUCUAACCUCACACAUAGCAACCAGCUUAACACAUUUGCCGUGUAUGAGGCAGGAGGCCAUGAGAUCCUUGUCCAGCAGCUCUAUGGAAGCUGUCCCAGGACGGUGGCCAAUUCUGCUGCCACACUUGGCAUCAUGGCAGGACAGGAGGUUAUCCGCUGCAGCAUCUUGUCACAUGGAGCCGUACAGGCUCUAGUGGAGCCCUUGAAGUCCACAAAUACACAGGUCCUGGUCAACACCACGCAGUGCCUGGCAGUGCUGGCCUGUGAUGCAGAAGCUAGGGCAGAGCUACAAAGUGCUGGAGGCCUUCAACCGCUGGUCAAUUUGCUGCACUCCUAUCACAAGGAGGUGUUGCAUAAUGUAUGCUUGGCUAUCAGUGUCUGUGCCAGUAAUGAGCCCACCGCUGUGGAGAUGUGCAAAUUUGGAGCUCUGGAAAUGCUUCAGGAAAUCAACCAAUCAGUAAAUCGUAGGAGCAGUUUCAGCGAGUUGGCUUUGAUCAGCCUGCUCAACUCCAACCUGUCUGUUAAAUACAGUCUGACAAGUCAUUUGGCCUCCAGUGAUAUUAUUAGCGAUGGCUUCUAUGACGCCGGGAAGGCUCGUCCAGGUCAGAAGAUUCUGACUUUAGAGGAACUGUCCAAGCAGCCUGUCAACCAGCACCAGCCCAUUAUUGUUGUCAACACAGCAGCAGAAGAGGCUGUGGAUGUGCCAGAAGAGAGGCAGAGUAACCCACCAGAAACAGACACCAGCAAGGGAGACUGCAGGACACCAAGGAAGAAGAAAGGUGAUGACAAACAGAAAGAUGAGACCCAGCCAGAGUCUCCUACAGAGAAACCGUGGAAGAUGAUGGAUGACGUCUCAUUGCAGCUUCUAGUUAAAGAGGCCAAAAAAUCCAUCCUUCCACUGAGUGAUGAACGAGGGCAGUAUGCUGUCUUGGCCAGGCUGGUGAGUGAAGCCAUGGGUGGAGCAGUGGAGAUGGAAAAGUUGCACGAAUUCCCAUGGGUGCUGCACCUCAGCGAGCUCAAGUUUCAGCUCCAGUCUAAUGUAGUUCCUAUUGGUUUGAUCAGAAGGGGAAUCUACUGCCAUAGGGCACUUCUCUUCAAGUGUCUGGUUGAUUCCAUCGGAAUGAGCUGCACACUUGUUAGGGGUGAGUACAACCGGGCUUGGAACGAGGUUCUCCUCCUCAGUGGGAAUCCCUCCAGCAAUGGUCGCUCUUCACAGCCCUGCUGCUACAUAGUGGACCUUAUGCACCAGCCUGGAAGUCUGCUGAAAGCUAAUACCUCUGCUGCUGUGCAAUAUCAGACUAUAUAGUACAUAAUGCUGUGACCUGACAUUUUACUGAGAUGCAUUAUAGAUGGUUGAUUUUUAUUGUAUAUACAACUAUUAAACUAGACUAUUAAAA